UUGACGACGGCGAGUAGUAGAUCCAUGACGGAAGACGGUUACUGACCGUUACUGGCCGUUACUGACCGUUACUGACCGUUACUGGCCGUUAGCCCGUGUACGGGACUGUGAGGCGGGCUCAGUGUGUGCGGGCGGACAGAGCAACAGAUGGUGUGAUCUUAAGCUGCUGGACACAGCGUUACGCAUCAGCUUCCUCCUCUGACCUGUGAGGCCAUUGGGCCUUUGGCUGAAUGGCUCCAUCUUGUUUGGAGCUGGGCCAGGGUGCACAGGGAGUACUGAGACGCUAAUCUCUUAAGAGGCUCAAGCUAGCUUGUGAACUCGGGGAGGGCACAGAGAAGUGAGCGAGGAAAACGCGUUGUGGUUUGGAGCUGUCAUGGAAAAUAUGAAGAUAUGCUCUUGUCCGAUAUGGCAGGGCACCUGCGGAGAGCCAGUGGAGGCCACUGGGAGCAGAGUCCAGUUAGAGGAGACUGCUGAGCGAUGCUAAGAUAUCUGCUGCAGCAGGAAGUGGGAGCCUAGCACUACUAUGAGUGGCAGUUAAGCUCAGCCAUGACGCUAUUCCUAGUGGAGACGAGCUGCAGCCUGAUUGGCUGGCUCUCUCUCUACAUACUACUGUGUUACGUGAACGGAAAGCAAGGCUGCGAGUGGAACUGCAGACUGGUCACCCUGCUCCACGGUGUCCUCAUCGUCUGUGUGACCGCUUACAUCGGCUUCGUGGAUGGGCCAUGGCCAUUUACAUACCCUGGGACUGAAAACACCCCUCUUCAGAUGUUAGCCCUGCUGCUCAGCUUGGGCUACUUUCUCUUCGACAUGGCCUGGUGUGUGUACUUCCGCACCGAGGGUCCCGUCAUGCUGGCCCACCACACCCUAAGCAUCCUGGGCAUCGUAUCUGCGCUGGGCCUUGGUGAGUCGGGCAUCGAAGUGUGUGCUGUACUGUUCGGCAGUGAGAUCACCAACCCCCUCCUUCAGGCCCGCUGGUUCCUCAAGCAGAUGGGCCGCUACGACAGCCUGACCGGAGACGCUGUCGAUCUCCUCUUCAUCACCCUCUACGCUUUUGUACGCAUGGGCAUCGGCGGGCGCAUGCUGUACUGCGAGCUGGCCUCCCCCAAGCCCAAAAUGGUGAUGAAGUGGGGCGGCGUGGCCAUUUAUGGCCUCUCUUGCGUCUUUAUGGUGGAUAUUGCACGCUUCGCUUGUCGAAAGACUCGGGCCAAGUACAAGCGGUGGCAAGAGCAGCGGAAGCUUGAUAGUGCUAAUGGACAUACUGGAAAGUAAUGAACUAAAGCAGGAGGACUGGAGGGAACUUUUAAACAUUUUGUUUACUUAAUGACUUGAAAUGGCAACUUGAAAAAUGAAAUGAAAGCUCUCAUAGGUAUCCUUAAAGGAGGAUUUGGGGAACCAUCACUCUAAGUUGUGGUUAAGGUGAUGGGAGAUGAAAACAUAAUGAUAAGUACCAAAAGCAAAUAUUUUUUGAUACAACAUUUAGAUAUUUUUGAUAACUCACUAGGCGGAAAGGAAGAAGAAGUCUAGCCGUUCACUCAUAACAGCACACACUAGCAGGAUAGUUAGCAGAGUUGGCUAGCUAGCUAUUUUAAGUGUUGGAAGUAUGAGUCGUAUAGAAAGACAGUGAGGAUGAGGAGAAUGUCUCUGAACAAAGCAGUAAAGACCACAUGUGGCCUGUGGAAUUGGUUCGAUGUACAUCAAAUGUAAUGCGGAGUUGUUUGCAGAAUUUGGUGAUGAUGUCUGGCUUCCAAAACAGGCACAACAGCAAUAAAUUCCACCACCUUAAAACAGUCAUUACUGAUUAAUGAUGUGGAAAAAUAAAUAAUGAUAAGGUAUUUGGCUGUAUAGCCUGGCCUGACUAGAGGUGAUCAUAUUUACAUUUUAUUAACUGGCUCCUUCUAAGUUGUGUUCACUCUAACUGUGUUAGCAUUCUUAUGCAGACAGGUUAGCGCAAAGUCGUAGAAGUUAGUGUGCAGGGCUACUGUGAGUAAAUGCUUCAGAAUGAAUUGCACAUCCAUGUAAAUAUAUGCACAACUGCCAUGUUAACACAGUUCAGCUCUAUUGACUUUUUAAACGGCUGAAUAAUCUUCUUUGCUAAAAUCUGAUAUUUCUAAGCCAAAGAUAUUUGACAUCUGGGUCCUGUUACCUGUGAUCCAGGCUAAGCUCUCUAAGACUGAUAAUGCCAGCUAUGUUAAUUUGCGUAAUGUUGCUUUUUCCACGCACUGUGUCAUAAAGCCUGUUGUCAGCAGUAGCUGUAGAAGUUUGCAGCAGGUCAGUUUAGACGUAUACAUACGUUUGAAAAUAGCUUGAGGACAAGGGGUCUUCAUUUAUAGAAGCCAGGAAUUCGCCUGCAAGCCCUUACCAAAGUACUUUGGCAUUUUUUAAGAAAUAGUGAUUUAGAGUGGACAGUGCAUUAAGUGGUAUUUUUUGCCUGCUACUUAGAGGAUGCUUUAUGAGAGUUUUUGUAAAAGAUGCUUUUGGCAAAGCCAUGUAAAAGCUGCCACAAUCAAUAGUAUUUUUAAUUGUGACUUAUACUCAGUGGCCACAUUAUUAGAAACGCCUGCCUUAUAGCUCCACCUUUCUGGUGUACAGUUAUAGACCUUAACUUGUCUGUUGAUGCACAGUUUGUGCUAGCCAUCCUCUAGCACUUCAUCAGUGGUCACUUUCUGAUCACAGGGCUGCUCUCGGCUGGUUAAUUUUGGGUGGCCGACCACCCUUAACUUUUCAGUGACACUGAUGUGUGUAAAACCCCGUUACGGUUCUGACCACUUCCAUAUCAUCCCGUGGUCAGAAACUGACCAAUAAUGACUGGAGCAGAGGGUGUCUCACAAACUGAGGCCGUUCAUAAGCGAUAUAAGCCGUAAGGACCCCCGAGCCACAAGGGGCCCCAAGCCACCAGGGGAACCCUGAGUAUGUAUGUAAGGUUCAUGAAAGAAAAAAACACCAGAGGUGUUGAGGUGCGCUCCCCCACGUGUUAGGCUUCGGUCUGUAAUUGUGCACCUAUAUAGUGGACCUUCUUUAAGGUAGGUGGAGCACAUGAAGUGGCCAGUGAGUGGACAUACGGGGUGUUUCGUUUUCUGUGGGAACCACCAGGUGGCAGGAAUGUUCUCUGUAUAAGUUUUCUUUAAAAACACGAAUAAAUGCAGUACAAGUG